GGCCUUACAGAUUGGUGUUUCAAGAUUGUUUUUUGAGACUGAUAGGUCCAUCUUCCCAUCCAGAGUAUAGCUGAGGUGAGGUAGAGUUGACCCAUCAUUUAUUUACCACUAUGGCCCUGAUUACAAGUACAUGGAAACAACCGGAAGACUGUGGAGGACAAACAACCUCACGAGUGAUUUUGCAUACUCCGUGUCAUGACAGGUCAAUUCUUAAAUGCGACCAUAUAAGGACGAGGCAUGCAGAAACAGCAUGUCCUCUCGGCUUGAAUGUCGAAAAACAGACUGUUGCCUUCCUAUCAUUUGCAGAAAUAGUGGUCAUACAGUGGAUGAAUUACCAUCCCCUCCAUGCUCCAGCUCGACUCUAAUAAGCACUUGAUUGUUCACAAAAAUGGGGAGGAAAAAACCAGAGAGGGUGAAAAGAUAGAAAUCCAUUUGUAAGUCUGGGCUGUGACUAUUUGCAUGGUGAUGAAGGCCCUGAGUGUUCUGCAGUGUCUCAGACAAUAGAGCCUGUGUUUGUUCUUCCCCGGGAAGUUUGAGAAGGACAGAAAAGGGGAGAGAAGAAGAAGAAAAGGGGAGGUCGUCAGCGGAGGGGAUUACGCAUUGUGAGAACCACGCGCAUUCGCUUCUGCUAUUGUGGUGACUGAAUUGCUUUCCAGUACCAAGGCAUUUAGUUAAGCAGAUUGUGUUUCUUUACACCCCACGAUGAUCUCUCUUGACGGCGGUUGGUGACAAGUGGCUUGGGGGACAGCAGAAUCACACAGAACAGAGACAUGAGCAUGCAUACAAACCACAUCAUAACGAGAUGGGAAACAGCACUGCCGGGAUCAUGAAUUACUGUGCUGUUGAAUGAAGAAUUGGUAACACUGGACCAGUGAAACCUCCAUCUUGUGUCCACUAACCAUGGGAAGUGCAGAGGAAAUGCACGGAUGGACAGUAAAAAUGAGCAUGCCCAGUGUUUUGGCCAUGGUUACGGUCUUUUCUAUGAUUCCUGGCGGGGUGCUGAGCGAUAUGAGAGGUACUCAGGGCCUGGAAGCCCAACAAUUGGCCCAGGGGUCCACUCAACUGCAUCGUCGCCUGAAGAGAGGCUGGAUCUGGAAACAGCUGUUUGUCCCUGAGGAAGAUCCCACUCCUCGCGUUAUUGGCCAGCUCAAAUCUGACUAUGACAGAGGCGAGUUUACCAUCAAGUACAUAUUAUCAGGAGAAGGCGCCGGUGAUGUCUUUGAAAUAGAUGAGUAUUCUGGUGAGAUCCGGGCACUGAAGAAGCUCGACCGAGAGGAAAAGGCCUUCUACGUCCUUCAAGCCCAGGCUAUCAACAGGAGGUCCAAUGAACCAGAGGAACCCCAGUCAGAGUUCAUCAUCAAGGUGCAGGACAUCAAUGACAAUGUCCCCCAGUUCCUGAACGAACCGUAUGUGUCCAGCAUCCCUGAGAUGUGUCCAACGGGGACCACAGUGGCCCAGGUGACAGCCACAGAUGCUGAUGAUCCCAUGUUUGGAAACAACGCCAAGCUCAUCUACUCCAUCCUGCAGGGGGAGCCCUACUUCUCUGUGGAGCCAAAGACAGGGAUUAUUUUAACAUCUUGGCCAAACAUGGACCGCGAGGCCAGAGAACAGUACCUAGUGGUGGUGCAGGUGAAGGAUAUGCUGGGCCUCAGUGGCGGUUACUCCUCCUCCACCACUGUCACCGUCAGCCUGACUGAUGUCAACGACAAUGGACCCACAUUCCAGCACCACCUGUACACCUUUGCCGUCCCUGAAAAUGCAGCUGUGGGCACCACAGUGGGCAGGAUUAUGGCACAGGAUGGAGACACUGGCAUCAAUGCUAGGAUGACCUACAGUCUGGAGCAUGACCUGGAGGAAAGCUCCACUUUUGUCAUCAAAACAGACCCAAUGACACAGGAGGGAGUGGUUCUGCUAGCCAAGCCUUUGGACUAUGAAACUAAAAGGCGUUUUGUGAUGGCCGCAGAAGCAGUCAACGAUCACGUGGACACUCGGUUUCUGACUCUGGAGGAGUUCACGGACAGGACGACGCUCAAGAUUGUUGUGGAGGAUGUGGACGAGCCGCCUGUCUUCCUCGCAGCGGUCUACGAGUGGAAAGUUCCUGAAAAUGCAGCUGUGGGAACUGUGGUUGGCAGUGUUAGUGGCAGAGACACUGACACAGUCAACAAUCCCAUCAGAUAUUCAACUGACAAAAGGAGUGAUAACACAAAAGCUUUCAAAAUAGACCCAAACAAUGGAACUAUAACUGUCGCUAAAGCUUUGGACCGAGAGACUACAAACUGGCACAAUGUGACUGUUGAAGCCAAGGAAACAACGCAGAACCAUUUAUCCUCCUCUGUGGUGGUGUUCAUCAAAGUGCUGGACAUAAACGACAAUGUGCCAAGGCUUGCAAGAGAUUACCAGCCAUAUAUCUGUGAGGGAACACAGGCGGGAGAACUCAUUCAGCUGCUCAGUGCUGUUGAUCCGGACGACCCUGUGGAGGGACACCACUUCUACUUCUCUAUGGUCCCUGAGAAGCACAUCAAUCCAAACUUCACUAUCCGAGACAAUCAAGACAAUACAGCCAGCAUCGUGGCACGCAGGAGUACAUUUACCCGCAAGGAUCGAACCCAGUACCUCCUGCCUGUUGUGGUGACGGACAGCGGCUCUCCAGCACUCUCCAGCACCAGCACUUUGACCAUCAGCGUGUGCAGCUGCCAGCCUGCCGGCCAUUGUCCCACCGGAGGGGUGGAGGCCCUCGCCCUGUCUAUGGGGGUCAGCCUGCAAACCUUGUUAGGGCUUCUGAUCUGCCUUGUCAUACUCACUGUGCUGUCAAUUCUAAUGGUGAUGGUGAGGAGGCACAGGCGGAAGCAGCAGGAGGGAUUGGAGGUGGAGGUGAAGGAGCUGGAGCUGCCUGAGACGGUGUCGCAGAAGGUGCUGUAUUACAGAGAACUAGGGGGUGGAGGAGCAGGCCUGGGCUUCUGCCAGCCUGCCGUACCGCUGCGCCACCACCCCAGGAGGAGGGACAGGAGGCUGCGGAGGGAGGAUGUCAGGGCCAGCAUACGCAUGUCCCUCAGAGAAUCCCACCUCAUCGGUCCAGAUGACGAGCUCUUCAGACAGUUUAUUUUGGACAGACUGACAGAGGCGGAUCAGGAUCCUUACGUUCCCCCAUUUGACUGCCUAAAAACCUAUGCAUAUGAGGGGUCCGGGUCUCCCACAGGGUCCCUGAGCUCACUGGAGUCAUCUUUUUUGGAGCUUGAACCUGAGCAACGUCUUUGUAAUCCCAGACCCUACGUGGUUAAACUCACCCCUUGGUAUGGGGGAGACGAAGACACUGUAUUCUGAGGGGCUUUUCUUCUUUUCCUUAAAUGGUUGUUCUUCUAAUCUUUGCACGGUGGACCAGUUCAGUGCAUUUCCAAUGACAUGACGUUGCACUUAAAGGAAAAGUUCAACAUUUUGGAAAAUAUGCUUAUUCUCUUUCUUGCCCAGAGUUAGAUGAGAUGAUUGAAACCACUCUCAUGUGUGUAAAGCAAAGUGUGUACAGUAAGCAAUAGCAGCCUGUUAGCUUAGCUUAGCAUAAAUACUGGAAACGGAGUGAAACUGCUAGCAUGACUCUUUCUUUGAAGGCUUGAGAAGUGCUGGUAGGCUUAAUUUCUUCUUCAUGGCUUUUCCCCUCUGUUUCCAGUCUUUAUGCUAAGCUAAGCUAACUUGCAGCUGGCUGUAGUUUCAUAUUUAUCAUACAGACAUGUAAGUGGUAUUUCAUUCUCAUGCUACUCACAGCGAAAAAGGGGAGUGUAUUUCACAAAAUGUUGACCUAUUCCUUUAAAGAUAGAAAUCAAACCGUAACAAUAAUAAUUUCAUGUGUGCCUUGCGGAUCUGGAUCCAUUUUUUAUUUUGUGUAUAACUUUCAACAUGGAUAACAUUACUUCAUGUUAUGGCAACAGAGGAGUUUGAGCACAUUUUUGACUUUGUAUGUCAAAUAUAAAAGGUUAUGUUGCAUGUUAAACUAUGUCUCAGUGCCUUAAUGUCAAAGGGCACUCACUCUUAUGCAACAAUCAAAUGUCAUUCAUCAAAUGUCAUCUAUGCUAUAGAUCUGCUGUAGAAGGUGACACAAUCACUACUGUCCAAUCCCAUUCCUACAAAGAAAUCCUUUCCUAUCCCAAUCCAGGAAGAAUGACUCAUAUCACGUUGUGUUUUUUUGCAUAUAAAAACUGAACUAUUGUUA